AUGUUUGGACUUGGUAUUUUAUUUGACUUUCGUUCCUCUAUUUUAUCUGAGCUGAUUUCCCUACAUGCCAGUGCCAUCCACGCAAUUGUUUGUCGAGCUUUUGUUGCCCCGUCUGGUGCAUCCUCGAUUCUAAGCAACAAGAUGAAUAACGAUCUCUUUCUUGCUUUGGAAACUGGCAAUGUAGGUACCCUUGAAAAUUUUCGUCAGCAGUUCUUUAAUGUUCUAGGGGACGUUACUUUCCAAGGAGAUACUCCUCUGCAUAUAGCUGCAAGGAAAGGUCAUGUAGAUCUUGUUACAUGGAUUUUUCAACUGAAACCCUCUUUGGCUGAAGCUGUAAACAAGGAUAAUAACACGCCACUGCACGAAGCCGCUAAAAGCGGUAAUCGAGAACUCGUCCGAAUUCUCCUUCGCGGACAGAAUUAUGUUUACUGUUUCAAUAAGUUUGGAGAGACAGCUCUGAUGAUAGCUUCACGGUAUCGCCACGUGGAAAUAGUUAGGAUCUUGUUGCAAGCAAGGUCAUAUGCAGAUGCAUUUGAAUGGGAUAAAUGCCUUGGUGAGGCAGCUUACAAGGGAUACAAUGAUGUACUGGUGGCGUUACUUGAACAAGUUCCUGCAAGGCCAAAUCUGAGAGUUCCUGUAGCCCCGAUUUUGCAUACAGCCGUGCGUGGAGGACAUCUCCAGAUCGUACAGGCAAUGCUAGAGCAUGCUUCUUGGGAAAACAAAUUGAUGAUAGAGGAGGAUGAGCUUGGAAGGUGUGCAAUUCAUGUAGCCGCUGUGAAAGGCAAUUGGGAUAUAAUCAAUGAAUUUAUAUCUAGAAUGCCAGAUUGUGUCGAAAUCCGCAGUUCAAAUAAUAAAUCUGUUUUACAUUUUGCCGUGGAACAUAAUCAAUUAAAGGUGGUGAAGAAUCUACUAAAAAACAACGGGAAUGAAAAAGUAGUGGAAUUGGUGAGCCGCGACCACGACAUUUCUCGCAAUAUGUCAUUACAUUUUGCAGCAAAAAAUGCGGUGGAUCCCCAGAUGGUGGAAUAUCUUGUUGCAUUUCCAGGUGUAGACGUGAACGCCGUGAACGAUGAAGGCAUGACUGCACUUGACAUAGCCUCUGAAGCAGCUUAG